GUAGAAGAGCGGCAGCAGAAGGAAUCUGGGUCGACUGGGAACGUGUACGGAGAGUAUUAACGUCGCACAUUCAAUCAAUUUAUUCUCGUUUAGUGGUUUUAUUUUUCACCGGUGAGCAGAAUGCUUCCGAUGUCUCUGUUAGUUUCUCUGUGCCUUGUGUCGUGUUUCGGUGCUGCCUACGCAAGAGAAAACGCAACUGCUCCACGCGGAAGGGGCUUCUUGUAUGACUUACACCAGUCAGUGACGGAUGAACCAAUAGAUUAUGAUGAAAACGGCACAUUAAAUCGUUCUUCAAAUGGUCCCAAGGACAGAAAAGGACUUUCGGAACAGGCCCUGAUGUUUCUAACUGGCCCUGUGUCCACCAUCCUUUUACCUUCCUUCUACACCCUAAUCUGCUCCAUCAGUAUGCCAAUUAACAUCUGUGCUCUGCUGGCCUUUGCUCGGGGGAUCCGUCCUAAGAAGCCAGCUGCAAUCUAUAUGCUGAACCUGGCCUUAGCCGAUCUUCUCUUUGCACUGAUGCUCCCCUUCAAGAUCUCCUACCACUUUGAAGGCAACAACUGGAAAUUUGGCCCAUCCAUGUGCCGUGUGGUCACUGCUGCCUUUUACUGGAACAUGUAUUGUUCUGUUCUUCUCAUAGCUUGCAUCAGUGUGGACCGUCUGCUUGCUGUAGUUUAUCCCAUUGACUCUCUGGCUUGGAGGAGGCCAAGGAACACAGUCAUAGCCUGCAUAACCAUGUGGGUGUUAUCCUUUACUGGCUCUGUGCCUCUUGUUACAUCAGACCAGACUUUUCACAUCAGUGAGUUGAACAUCACCACCUGCCAUGAUGUCCACUCCACAGCUAAGAUCGUCUGGUUAAAGACAUACUUCGUCACUCUCUGCUGCCUCCUCUUCUUCCUGCCUCUGCUCAUCACAGUGGUGUCCUACGCUCGAGUCAUCUGGUCACUGAGCAAACUCCAAAAAAGGCUCCCUGGAAGCUCACACAAAAGGAAAAGAGCAAUAGUGAUGGUUUUGACAGUUCUGUUGAUAUUUGUCCUGUGUUUCAUGCCCACAAACUGUUUCCUGCUCGCACACUACCUGCAGUUUAACACAGAGAAGAGCCCGGAGGCACCCGAUGGCUCUUACGCACUCUAUCUGGUGUUUCUGUGUUUGGGAAGUCUGAACUGCCUCCUGGAUCCCCUGCUCUACUACUUUGGAUCCUCCCAGUGCCAGAGACAACUCGCCAAUGUGCUCAAGUGUCAUAAGGUUACAAAGAGAAAUGAUAUUAGUAAUUCAUUACCUGCUUCAUGCAGGUCCAGCACCAGACCAAUGCUGAAAUCCAGCUGUACAGAAAGUUCAAAAAUAAACUCUUCAAUUAAAGUGGAUUCUUUUCAAGAAAACAUCGACAGCCAAUAUAAGAAACUACUCAUCUAACUCUCACUGAGCUGACAUUUUAAUUGAAUCCUUAAAUGUGAUUUUUUUUUUUUAAGUUAUGAAACAACAACAAUUAA